AUGCCUCCCAUCUCAGUACAGCGCCGGCUUGCUGUGAAGUUGGCGCAGCAAGCCCAAUGGCGCAUCGCGGCGAGCCAGCCUCAGAAACUGUCUGCACCAAUAUGCCAACAUCGAGGCGUGCUACGGUCGCCAGCAGCUACUAUUCGAAUGCCUCGCUGCUCCCAAAGCCUCUCAACCUCCUCGCGACUGCUCAAUGAGCAAUCGGCCUCUCCAACCAGCGCCCCGAGUACUCCACAAGCACAACCACAAUCCUCCCAGCCCGAUCCUCCACCGCGAAGAAGACGGCCCCGUUGGGUCUCCGCCGCAAUAUUCCUCCUCCUGGGCCUCGCCUCAGGCACCGGCAUCCGCGCCGUCCUCUCGCCCCCGCCGCCGUUACUCCCAGGCACCGAAGUAGACGAGUCCCUGAAGAGAGACAUCCGCGCCGCGGCGGCCAAGCUACCGCUAGUCAAGCACCUCCUCUCAGACCCAGAGUGGUCGGAGGGCCACCACGAGGCCUACGCCGGAAUACCAAGCGAGGCGCGCGCCCAGCGCAUAACAACGGGGCCCCUGGGCGGGUCGCGCGGCGUCGGCGGGUACCAGCACAUCUUCCACAACAACACGACGGGCGAGGUGGUGGCGGUGGUGUACCUGGGGACGGGGACGAUCGGCUGGCCGGGCGUCGUGCACGGCGGCGCCAUCGCGACGCUGCUGGACGAGCACUCGGCGCGCGCGGCGCUCAAGGACCUCGCGGCCGGCGGCGGCGGCGGGCUGCUGACCGCCAACCUCGACAUCACCUACAAGCGGCCGACGCUGUCGUCGGACUUCUACGUCAUUCGCGCGCGGGCCGUGCCCGACGAGGCGCUCGCGCCUGAGGAGAGGGGCAAGAGGGGCAGGAAGGUCUGGGUCGAUGCCACUGUCGAGACUGUCGACGGCAAGGCGUGUGUGGAGUGCCGCGCGCUGUUUGUUUCGCCCAAGUCGGUGAACCUAAGGCGGGUGCCGGAGAACUUCUGA